CCCGAAUCUAGUGUAACUUCGGUCAUUCGGCUCAGACGAACGGGGCCGCAUCCUUAUCCGCCGAAACCCCCCCUAGAACUACUGUAGACCUCUGGUUGGGGUGCAGUCUGGAAAUGGCAGCAAACGCAGGCACUAAGCUGAGUCCUUUGAGAUUCGUCCGAACGGUCAUGAACUCGUUCAUGGCCGAUUCCGGACUUGAGCCUCGGCUUCUUGGGAAACACUUCCGCGUCACCAAUGCCACGGAAGGUGUCGUGGACUUCGAGCUCAACAUUGCCAAAGAGCACACGAACCGGCUGAAGAUCAUCCACGGCGGCACCAUCGCCAGCUUGGUCGACCUCGGGGGCUCGCUCGCCGUGGCCUCCAAGGGGUACUACGCCACCGGUGUCUCGACCGACCUCAACGUCACAUACAUCAGCGGCGGCGGCAAGGUGGAUGACAAGCUCAGGGGAACGGCCGUUUGUGACAGAAUCGGAAAAACGCUGGCGUAUACCACGGUAACAUUCUGGGAUAAGAAUCGGAACAUAGUUGCCAGAGGAAGCCACACAAAAUUCGUCGCCCAAGCUGUUGCCGCCAGCACACCCUUCGUUCCUCCUGAGGGUGCCCCAAUUGCCGAUGAUGCUGAGCAUUAAGAGCGCCGCCGGAGCAGAGCGGAUGCGCCAGUCCCGCAAACGAACGGAGAGCUCAACAUGCACUGGAUUUUCUUGGGCUGAAAACGCUGCCGCUCGCCGAGAAAUCAGGCCAUUUCCAGCGUACAUAGGGUAGAAGAUUUCAACUCGUUAGAUCUGAGGCAUGAGCAACAAGUCCUUCCGCGGCAUGGUUACUCCCGUCAAAGCUUUCACCAUGGGUACCCUAGGCAUCUCUCUGCAUCACACUGGAAACGCCGUUCAACCGUCAGCACCUUGCUGAUAGUCGCAACUGAUGCAAUCUCCGCUGAGCUUGGCGCACUCUAUCACGGCUCCUCCACCGUUGCUUUCCUUGACCCCAUUUAAGCCUGGUCCCCUCAACGGCCCCCCGUGAUGCCCGA